AUGCCCACUUAUGCAAAAUUCAUGAAAGUGCUCUUGACCAAGAAGACAAAGUUCAUUGAGCAAGAGAUCAUUCAGUUGGAAGUGGGGUGUAGUGCCUUAAUUCAAAAGAACUUACCUCCCAAAUUCAAAGACCCUAGAAGCUUUACAAUCCCAAUCACUAUUGGGAACCUGUCAGUUAGAAGAGCACUGCUAGACUUGGGUGCAAGCAUUAACCUCAUGCCCUUAUAUAUGUUGGAUAGAGUUGGAAAGGUGGAAGUAAAACCGACCCGCAUUACUUUGCAGCUAGCCGACCGGUCUAUCAAGUACCCCUAUGGUGUUAUUGAAAACAUGCUAGUUAAAGUUGACAUAUUCAUAUUUCCAGCUGAUUUUGUGAUUAUGGACAUGGAAGAGGACAUUACUGUUCCUAUUAUCUUGGGGAGGCCAUUUAUGAAGACUGCACAAGUAAUCAUUGAUGAGGGGAUGGUGAAUUUAAAUUGA